CAAUCCAACGUCACGUACACGAACAUUAUUUACCUACCAACUUGUGUCAGUUUGUUGAAAAUUCGGCAUUUUUAUCUCAUAUCAACUCACAAAUUAUUGUAAACAAUGAGUUGACGUGUGCCCUGGGGUCAAUGUUUUACGCUAUUUACUAUCGAAAAACUGACAUAGGAGACGUUAGAUUGUCACCUGUGAAGGAACAUCUAUUGUCCUUGGAAAAUGAGAAUAGAGUCAAAACAGGGAAUAUGCAACCGCGCGUUGCUCUGGGCUACGGUGCAUGCCAUGACCUCUUUGUGAAUGCAACGUUAUUGUUAGACCAUCGUGAAUUAAUUGGAGUACCAGAGCAUUUCGACGAAAUCACAACUAAAGAGGAGUUUCUCAAAAGUUUUACAUAUUUCUUCAAGCAUGGCGCUGCAGCCGAGAGGUUCAUGUCAAAUUCCAAGCUUUAUGAUGACUACAUCAAGAGAGCUUUAAACAUUCCAGGAACAAAAUGGAACAUUGGUGGUAAUGCACCUCUCAUGGCAAAGAGAUUCUAUAUGGAAGGCUGGAAAGUACUCUUUGCUGCUAAAAUGAGUAAUAACCUCAAGAAGUACAUUCCAGAAGAAAUCCAAAUUGUUGGUGGUGAUGAAAAUGAAGAUAUGAAAGAUGAUAUUCAUAUGAUAUUGGAGUACAAGGCUGAUGCUAAAUUUGGCACCUAUAAAGCACCGAGAGCAAAUAGAUACAUAGUACAUAAUGAUGAGAACAAUCCUUUACUGAGUUCCUUAGAGAAGUUUGGAGAACAUUUACCUGGAUUCAAACCAGAUUUACUAGUCAUAAGUGGGUUACAGAUGAUGGAUAAUUAUCCAUUCAAGAGUGACAAUGGGAAAGAUCUCAGAGCUGAAAGAUUAGAUCUAGUCAAAGAACAAAUACUUUCACAACCUUUGAAAACACUAGCACAUUUUGAAAUGGCCAGUUAUGUUGAUUUAGAAUUGCUCAAACAUUUAACUACAAAAGUCCUACCGUACGUAGAUUCUGUGGGCAUGAAUGAACAAGAGCUCACAAAUCUUUACAGUGUUCUGGAAUUUGGAGAAGUCAGUGUUGUUGCAGAUUCAAAUCCAAGAAUAGCAACAGCCCUUGAUCAAAUGAGAAAGACUUUCAAUCUUAUUAGACAACAGAACAGAAAAUACACUAGUAAUAGAAAACUGACACGUAUUCAUGUCCACACUUUGGCUUACCAAGCGAUAUUAACAGUAAAAGAUUCAAGUUGGCAGAGAACUAAAGCAGCUGCGGCCAAAGCGUCUUUGACAGCUCACCGAUAUGUAUGCAACAGUCAGAAUAUAGCCCUUGAGAAAGUGAAAUUAUUACUCGAUGACAGUUUCUCAACCACCACCGACAAUGAUAAUACCAGCAGGGUCUUCUUUGAGCCUACAAAACCAGUAGCUUGUUGGGAAGAGAUACUGAAUGGUGAUAGUGUUGAGAUAUGUAUUGCUCCAGUUCUUAUCUGCACAGAGGCUCAAUUGACAGCAGGUGCUGGAGAUAACAUCUCUGCUGCCGGUUUAGUGUUACAAGUGGAAAAAUGAAUGAUGAAAAUGAAUAGGGAUGUUGACUCAAUAUUAAAUUAUGAUCAAAAAGAUAUCUUGUCUAAAAUCUAUAAUAAUACACUAAAAACUAUUAAAUAUAGGGACAGGGUAGUUGUUUAAUAAUGAAGUAUGUUGCUGUUUUCCAGAAAACAAACUUUAGUGACAAGUGCUGUAUGAACAAAAUCAUUUACAAGUUGCACUUAGGAAACAUCCCUAUUGAAUUGAGAAAUGGAUCUUUUUUUAGGAAUGAUUACUGUUAUUUAAGUACAAAAUUAAUAUUUAUAGCAAUAAAAAUGCUUAUGAUGUAUAGAAACAUAAAAUAGAUAUUUAAGUAGUAGUAGAUCAGGUACCAGGUUUUUUGCACUCAGAUAUAAAGAGGGCAAAAAAAAAUUUUUUUUUUCAUAUCGUCAUUUCAUCUCUUCUUUUUAGUUUCAUAUCUUUCUUUACGGUAAAUAAAUAAUACAUUCUUACAAACUAUAAUAAUAUACAAAAUCUAUUUUGAAUAUAUCUUUAUGAUAUUGAUUCAUCGAUGCAUUCAAAAAAAUCAAGUCUGAUUUUACAAUAUUAUAUGUAGUAAACCUUUACUAAAAUUAGUUUGAUUAUAAUGAAAUAGUACCCAAAUUAAAUUAUUCAUUGUAUUCAAGUAACCACUGUUAGUUGUAAUAGAAUUUGUCUCAUUCUAAGAAAUUUAUUUAAAUCAUCUUAAGUGCCUUAUAUCAUUGGUCCUGUAUCUAAAAAAAAUAUAAUUGGGAUAAUUACAUAUGUAUUAUGCUACUUUCAGUUACUCAUUAGGGAUAUUUCUUUGCAUAUGUUACCUAUGUGAAUACAGCAUCAUCAAAAUUUAGAUAUAUUUAAAUGAUACAUUAUCAUGCAAUUUAUUGUAUCUUAAUAAUAAUAACAUAAUAACAACAGUGAUCUAAAUAACGAAACAUUCCACAGACACAUUCUAUGCUAAAAUACAAAUUGAAUCUAUUUUUUUUAUAAAAAUAUAACAAUUUUCAAAGUUAUAUUCAGUCCUGCUUGCCAUUGCAGAACACCUAUUAUGCCUGGCUCUUAAUAAUAUGGACUUUCUUUUGUAGACUUUUUAUUAUAUUUUAUUCCCAAAAUUAAUCAAGCUCUGAUGUAAUACAGCUUUUCAUUAAUAAAUACAAGCGAAUUUUUUUUAUACACAAAAAAUUUAACAGGCCUUGUGUUAUGUUGGUUAAGAGCCCUUACUGAUAAAAAAAAAAUUUAAAUGAAUGAAAAAAAUAAUGAAAGAUAUUAAUUAUGAGAUAAAAAUGAAAGAUGCGUUUUCAUUUUGAAUUGAAAAUGUCUAAGAUAGCUGUGUAAAUCAAAUAAAGGGUAGUUUUUCGUUUUAUUACACAUCAUGAAAUGUAGCACUUUAGUACCUACCCUCAACUUUGUAUCUCGCAGAUUUGACACAAUCCAUUAAUCUAUACUAAUAUUAUAAAGAGGAAAGAUUUGUUUGUUUGUUUGUUUCGAAUAGGCUCCCAAACUACUGGACCGAUUUGAAAAAUUCUUUUUCCAUUAGAAGCCGACAUUGUCCCUGAUGAACAUAGGCAACUUUUUAAAAAAAAAAAAAUAUUUUGUUUUUUUGGUUUCAUGUGUGUUUUAAUGUUUCCGAAGCGAAGCGAGGGCGGGUCGCUAGUAAUACAUAUAAAACAAGCUAUGAAACUAGUCACCUGAAACCCUCGGCUUCACUAGGAACAUAUAAAGUAUAUUGACUCUGCUAGUAAUUAAUAAACAAAUUAUUACCACACUUAUGAAUACACUGAAAAUUUUAAAAACGCAUAACUUAGAUCUCUUCUGAAAUAGACCAUUAUGUUCCUAUUUUUUAUUUUAGGAGCUCAUUGCAACUUGUAUAUCAUUACUUAUGUUUCAUAUUAAAGUUGUCGUCUUACUUAUAUGCCACUACUUUGUGCCAUCAAAUAUUUUAAAAUUUUUUUAAAACAAAAAAUUAUAUUUAUUUUAAUUUAUAUAUUUUCGAAGUACAAAUUUGAUUUGUUUAAAAAAAAUGGAACUGUAAUUCUACAUUUCUUUCAUUGAUGGAUUUGUCAAUUAAAUAUAAUAUAUACAUAUAUGUAUAAUAUGUUAAUUGUCUUUUAAUAAAGAAACAUUCGUUUAG